GCUAAAGUUCACUGCAAGAAUGGUUUUGAUAUUUUACUCAUACGCAAACGAUCAACCGACCGCAGUUUUGAGAUCAGACCAAACGAAGUCUAUGUUGGUGAUCAGUAAACAUCGUGUUAUUAUUUAAUAAUAAGUUAAACGCAAGUCUAUUGACACUCGAUUUGAUCUAUAGAAUUAUACGUUAAUAACCAUCUUCCAACGAUGCGUCUUGAAACUGCCUCAUCGUGGCUACUGUGGUUGCUCUUGCUGYUCACGUUUUUCUGCARUUAUUCAAUGGCAGUGAAGCUAUUCGACAAAGGUCUACUCCUAACGCCACUAAUACAAGCAGGUCGAAUCGACGAGGCUCGGUCUGCAUGUAAUGUGACGCCCCUGAAGGGUGACAUCGAGAGCUACUCUGGUUACUUGACCGUGGACGAGGCACAUGGUUCAAACAUGUUUUUUUGGUUCUUUCCGGCCAAAAGCGGAAAAGCAGACGCGCCCGUCCUGUUGUGGCUACAAGGUGGCCCUGGCGCGUCAAGUUUGCUCGGAGUGUUCAACCUGAAUGGCCCAUUCUCGGUGUGUAAGCGCUGCGGAGACGAGCUCAAGUUGCGUGACCACGCAUGGACGACUACGCACUCGAUGCUGUACGUGGACAACCCGGUGGGGACAGGCUUCAGCUAUACUGAUGACGAUUCGGGUUACAGUAGCAAUCAAACGGAUGUCGCGCGAAACAUGUAUACCACCCUGGUGCAGUUUUUCGAGCUUUUCCCCGAGUACCAGCACAAUGAUUUUUAUGUAACUGGCGAAUCGUUCGCCGGCCACUACGUGCCGGCCGUUGCAUACGCCAUUCACCAGAACAACCCUGGGGCCAAGGUCAAGAUCAAUCUCAAGGGACUGGCCAUCGGCAAUGGUCUGGUCGACCCUCUCAACCAACUGUUCUACAGCGAGUUCCUGUACCAACACGGGUUUAUUGACGAAAACGGAAAACACAGAUUUGAAGAAUUCGACAAUAUUAUUCACGGUCAGAUCCUYAGUGGCGACUACAAGGGUGCGUUCCAGACGUACGACGAGAUGUUGAAUGGCAUAUUCUACCCGUAUCCGACGCUGUUUCAGAACUUGACUGACAUGCAAUACUACUACAACUUACUGUUGGAACAGAAACCACCGUCGGAAGAUGAUUGGGAGACGUUCGUGCAAAAGCCGUCCGUGAGGGCCGCGCUGCAUGUGGGCGAACGGUCGCUAAACGAUAAUAAAGUGGUCUAUCGCCACAUGCUUGGAGACGUGAUGCAGUCGGUGGCCCCGUGGAUAAGUAAUCUGUUGGACACCGGCCGGUACCGAGUUCUGUUGUACACUGGACAGCUUGACAUCAAGAUCCAUUACCGGGGCACCAUGCACAUGGCCCGGUCGCUCGAGUGGUCAGGCGCGGAACGGUUUCGAAACGCCGCGGUGCGCACCAUUUGGCGUGUUCCAAAACAGAAGGAUCGAAGUGACGACGGUGACGAGACUACCUUGGCCGGUUACGCGACCACAUCCGGUCCGCUGACCGUGCUGUUGGUCAGGGAUUCCGGUCACAUGGUUCCGGCCGAUCAGCCGGUUAAUGCUCUCGAUCUCAUCAAUCGGUUCACGACUGGGAAAACAUUUUAACCAAUAGGAGCCGGUCAGCGUUUUCCAGUCGACUACAAUAUUUUACUAGUCGAUUCGAUGUCAUAUACCUAAUAGUCUCAUAGACCCUUGGAUCAUKUGAUCUAAGUAUAGACAUUAUAUCCUUUGAAUUCAAAUCGGUUCUGUGAUAGAAGGCAAUUCACAUAUUAAUAAACAUGCAUUGUAACCAUUAUGGACAAACUGGUAAA